AUGGAAGCGUUACUGGCGCAUUCGUUCGACUACCUGUCUUCCUACGAGCCAACCAAGGUCCGCAAAGGGUUGCGCCAGGUUGAAGGGCUCCUCGCACAGAUAUGUUUGAGUAGGGCGAAACGGCCGGUGUCUGACAAACGAGGGUCGCCCUUAUUAUUUGACACUCCACAAUCGGGCUGCAAAGCCCUGUCAGAGCUGCGCGAUGACCCUGCCUUUAGGGAGUUUUUCAAACUUCAAGAUGGAUUUCAAUGGAAUGUCGCAAUGCGCCUGGUGACUUGUCUAGAGCACCUGCUUGGCCGUGGUAGCAGCGGUACUACCGAUCUCCUCAUUCUCUCCACCCUCGACUUAAUACAGGGCGUGCUUCUGCUUCAUCCGCCAUCGCGGAUUCUUUUCGCACGUGAAAUUUAUAUGAACCUUCUUCUGGAUCUUCUGGAUCCAAUCAAUUGCCCGGCCAUCCAAUCUGCAACUCUUCUCACCCUUGUCACCGCCCUUCUAGACCACCCUGCCAACACACGGACCUUUGAGCAGCUGGAUGGCCUCCUCACGGUGACCUCGUUGUUCAAGCAGCGCUCAACGGCUCGCGAAGUGAAGCUUAAACUUGUUGAGUUUCUGUACUUUUAUCUGAUGCCAGAAACACCAAUGCUUUCGACAAGCGCCCCCAACACAGCUCUUCAGCGCAGCCCGAGCAAGCUCGGAACCAGUCCAACAUCCAGGAGCGUCAAUGUUUCUGGAGCCCACAAUGGGAGCAAGGGCAGCCGGGAUACACGAACAACACAAGAGAAACAAUCUCUUCUCGGCAGAUAUCUCAAUAAUGUGGAAGAUCUCGUGGAAGAUCUCAAGGAAACAGCGCCGUUUGGAACCACGGUCUGUUAA